CUUGUGAAAGGUUGUAUAAAUUCGUUCAAGUAUACAACGAAGAAGUGUAAACUAUUUAAAUUUCCAAAAGACGAAUUAAUGUCCAAGCAAUGGUUGAUAAAUUGUAAUCGGAAAGAUUUAAUUGGAAAAUCAUUGGAGUACUUCAAGGUUUGUUCAGAUCAUUUCUUGGAAUGUAUGUACAAAACUGCAGAAAAAAAAGUUCUAUUGCCUCAUGCUGUUCCUACUGAUUUCACAAUGAUUCCUAAGAAAGAUUCUUGUACUACUACGGCCUGUCAAGAUACAAGUAUUUCCAACCCAAUAUCUAAUGCUUCAGUUUCUACAAGUACUCCAUUAAACCAAGAAGAGUCAUUUUCUUAUUCUUGUUUACCAUCUCAAAGUACAUCAUGUUCGACUGAUCAACCAAUGUCCUCAUCAACACAAACGACUCAAUUACUCUCAUUACAUACACCUAGAAAACAAAAGUAUAGAGCUCAACUUCAAAACAUUAAAAAUAAAUAUGAACAAUUAGAACAGAAAUUUGAAGCAUUGAGUCAAGAAGUACACAAAAAAAGUUGUGCAAAUGAAAUAGAUGUUACUUCAGUAGAAUUAUUUAAUCGAGUUGUUGAAGCACAGUUACCUCCUAAUCUGAGCAUGGUUAUUAAACAGUAUGUACAAAUGGGCAAGAGAAAACCUCAAGGCGUGCGGUAUUCAAAUGAAAUCAAGCAGUUGGCUCUAACAAUAUUUUUCUUUGGUCCUCAAGUAUACACAUUUUUAAAAACAUUGUUGCUAUUACCCAGUCCAAGAACUUUACGAAGAAUAACACAAAAAAUUAUAUAUAGUACCUGGAUUAAAUGA